AGCUUUCAUUCUCCCUCGGCGGGGCAAGAUGGAAGCUGUACAAAAGGACCACUGGUACUUCGUGGUACUCAUCUUUCUUCCUUUUCUUAAAGUUGCUGUCCAGCAGAAGGAGAUAGUUACAGUUCGUCUGGAGGAGGGGAUGGUUCUCAACUGUUUGUGCCCCUGGUACGGCAACCUCAGCAUGGUGUCCUGGACCAAAAUACCAGACAAGAACCCAGUAGCAGUUUUCCAUCCGGAGUACGGAGUGGCCUUUUCUCACCAUUACCGGGAGAGGAUAGAGUUCCUGAGGACCACUCCUAUGGACGGGAGUAUUUCCAUGAGGAACGUCACUCACCAGGAUAUUGGGCUUUACCACUGCUCUGUUCAGACCUUCCCUCAAGGCCCCUGGACGAGGAACAUUCAGGUGGAAGAUUUAGACGAGCCCCCAGAAGAGGACGAGGACGGUGCGGAGCCCCCCACCCCAGAGGCGAUCAACGCAGACACAGAGUUGGUGGCGGAGCAGAGCAGCAACCUGACCGUCAGCUGUAAGCACAAGCACAACGCCACCAUCUACCAGGUCAUUUUGGAGAGGAUGCCGCACGGCGAGCCCUGGGGCAUUAUCGGAGUAUGUAAGAAGGUGGAAGGGGGCCUGGUGGGCGAAGACUACAGUGACAGGGGCCGGGUCAGCUGCACGGACAGUUUGGAUGUCAGUCUGCACCUGACAGGUGUGGUGCAGGAAGAUGGCGGUUUCUACCGCUGUACCUUCAGCACAGAUGCAGGAGUGCAGACCACCACGGUGCUGCUCACGGUGCCCCCUGCAGGUGGAUUCAGCCUAUCGCUGUACAUGAUGUAUGUUUACAUCGGGGCUGGAGCUUCUGGGCUCAUUCUACUCAUUGCCAUCGUCGCACUAGCAGUGAGGCACAAGAAGAGGAACAAGAGAGAGGAAUACAGAGUCAAACUGCACCCAUCCCAGAGACAGCCAAACCUCUAUGAGAAUAUCUCCGUGUGCCCCAGGAGGAAGUCCAGGCAGAUACAAAAAUGCCCGGUCUAUGCCAACCUGCAGACCGUGCGAUCACACAAAACCAGUCGUCAACUCUCUGACAAAUGAGCGGACGUAAAUGUGAUGCAGCGAGUGAUGUGGGUGUGUAGUUUUCAUCUGCAGCAGCUGUCAACGUGCCCUCUGCUUUUCUCGGAUGAAUACGAGCACGAGCAAAAACAAACUUGCAGCGACGAGCGCUGAUCUUGAUUAUUUGAGUUUUUUAGUAAGAUGCAGGGGUCACUCUGACGCUGAUUAAUAUUCAUACUGUGAUCUGAAAUGAGGUGACAAGCUGGUGUUCAUGUACGUCUUCAGGAAGCCGUCAGAGUCAAGCCCCGCUCCCACUAAUUAAAUGUAGUAUGUACUUCAUAAUUACUGUUGAGGAAAUAUUUGUUUUGGGCAAAACCCUAUUUGACAGUAACCGUCAUGCACGAGGAGCAGACAAAGGCCUGCAUAAUCACUCUUUUCACUCCCCUCACCCCUGAGUAAAAUGACUGACAAAAGCCUGUGUAAUUGCUCUCCUUUUACUUCCAUCCCUCCUGGUUUCCAUUCAAAGCUUGACAAUAGUGUCUAAUCAUCUAACGGGAAAGAAAAGCAGUCACUCAGCACUGUACCAUCACUCGAGACUGUUGCUUUCCCCCAAAGGGCUCGCUGUCGAGGAUGGCUGCAUUCUAGUUACAGCACGCUCUUAUUAUGAAAGCUAAACUCUAAUUAGCUAAUCCUGUGCUUUAUUUUACACUGUAGCAUUGUAUACUUGUCUAGCCACUGUUUAUUGAUUAGUGUUUUAUUUUUCACAAGUUUCCCGGUUGUGUUGAUCACGUUUUGUCAUUCCCGAGCCUGCCCAUUAGCUUCUGUGAAUCAGUAUUCAAGGUUUGUGUCAACUGUGUGUUGUUUAUGUGUAAUAUGAUUCGUUUAUCUCCAUAGACAUGGAGGCAGUGGCAGAGGCAGUGAUGGAUAUGCAGGCUAUCCUGCUAGGACACAAGACAAAUGUGGACGAGCUAGAAAUGUGGAACAUAAAGGGACAAUAUGUAGUUCGGAACCACAAGUUUUUGCCUUAGUUCUCUCAUCUCGCUGUUCCGAGCAAGACAGUAGAAGCUGCAACUGUGCAUUCGACUGUGAUGCUGUGUGGGUGGCGUGUAAAUACCGAAACUGGUGUGUGUGACUGCAGAUGGC